CUUAAUGGCCUCAAAACCAUGACACUGUAACUUACAGUGUAAGACAUUUUUCAAUAUCUAUAAGCAUGCUCUAAAUACUUUCUCUCUGUUCAAGAGACACCUCGAGCUGUUCCUGGACUCCAUCUUAUGUAUAAUUAUUAUGGACUGUAGAGUCAAUCAGACUGGAUGGAAGCAAUAAAAAUAUAAUUGCUUAAAAACAUUUGUCUUUUGCCACGGUUAUAUAUAAUAUGAUGAUACGAUACAAUUGACCACUCAAUUAACAUUAUAUAGUUUUAUGGUCACAUGUACAUGCAGUGAGUUGUCUAGUCAGCAACCUUAAUAUUAACUGUCAAUGAAGCUCUUUAAAGUUAUCCUGACUUGCUUUCUGGCUGGCUUCAGCACUGCCCAAUAUUUAGUGAGUGUUGAGAGACCAUGUCCAAUAGAAACAGUCACUUUUACCUGCACUGCUGUUGGAGAUUCUUUGAGAUGGGUACUGUCAGAUGUUACUGACAUCGAUAUCCUCUCCACCUUGGAUCUCAAUGUACCACAAAUGCGAUCAGGUUACACUGUGACACUGAUUGCAGCCAAUGACACCACAUUAACAUCUACUCUGUCAAGAACAGCAGAGAAUGGGAUCACUGUGUCCUGUGUGGACCCGCCUACAACAACUAUAGGAUCUUCAAUGAUCCAAUUGGUUGAUAUGCCAGGAUCACCUUCCACCAUAAGACACUCCACUCUGAGCAGCUCAGCCAAUAAAGUCAAUGUAUCUGUACAGUGGGACCCACCUACUGAAACUGGUGGUAGAGAUGACCUCACCUACACAGUGACCGUCUCACCUCCGAUCCAGCUCUCUGCUACCAUCCUCACAUCCACCUCUGUCACUGUGACUGCUCAAUACAAUGUAGACUCCACUGUCAGUGUUGUGGCUACCAACUGUGCUGGGAACAGUACGACUGCUGAGUACAGUUUUAGGAUUGGUGGCUGUCCUGUGUUGACAAACCCCACAAAUGGAACAUUUGGACCAGUUUCCAGCAGAUUGCCAGGAUCUAUAGUAACCAUCCAGUGUGAUGCUGGGUAUGUAACGAUGGUGACAUGUGACGGUACACUAUUGUGGAGUCCGAACUCUGAAACUAUUCUGUGUGGUCAACUAACCCAACAUAUUCCAACAACUUCUCUUCUAAUGCCGAGAUGCACAGCACAACUGUACCCACCACAGAACGGUACCAUCAUCAGUAAUCAUUCAGUACCAGCUAUUCCCGGUACACAAGUCACCUUUCAGUGUGAUAAUGGACUGUUCCCUGAGAGGAUAAUGACUGCCACCUGUCUGGCUACAGGAGAGUGGGAUAAAAACCCGGGAGAGAUCGUCUGUACAGCUCAAUCCCCAACUCUAUUCACUGGUGCUGAUAUUGGUAUUGCUGUUUCCGUUAGCGUGAUUGUCACAGCAGCUCUGUUCACGAUCAUUGGAUUCCUCAUUGGACUCCUAGUGAUGUACCUUCGCUGUCGUAAGAAGACAGUGUUCUCCCCGGUAGCAGAAGGAAAAACUAACGUAAGACCCACUACACCAGUUGGUCCUGUUUAUGAAGAGGUGUCACCCAAAGAGGAGAUUGAACUAAACAUUAACCAGGCGUAUGGACCAGUAGGACUGUAAAACUUAUUUACUCUUUUGGUAUCCAGCAUCCCACAAGUGAAAUCAUUACAUUAUCAGGCCUUUCCUUUUUCUUUUUGACCUAUAGCUAGACUUUGCGUGCAUAUAAUUAUAACCUCUACUUGUUUUGGUUGACUUCAACACUCUAUAUGCUCAGUCUGGCGGUGUGCCUGUCAGCUAGCUAUGUCUUUAGUUACUAUCCGUCCCCAACACCUCUCUCCAAGUCACCA